AAAAGCUAAAUCUUCAUUUGGCAACACUGCUUUCCGCAUAAAUAUUUUUCCGGCUUUUCUUUUGGAAUGUUCUCGCUGCUGCACUCGGAAGAAAAUGCGCACGACAAUGCGCUGUGGACCUGCACCUGGGGCCGCGACACCGCCGAUCCCCAUCCGGACGAUGCCACCACGGAGCCGGAAGAGGAGAACCCCUUCGAUUUCGACAAAAAGGAGGCACGUCCCAAGGAUUUUAUAGUUACAGGUGGCCUGGACGAUUUGGUAAAGGUGUGGGAUGUGCAGGAGGACAACACACUGAAACUGCGCCACAAGCUAAGGGGGCACGCUCUGGGAGUUGUCUCGGUGGCCAUAAGUUCGGAUGGACAGACCAUUGCCAGCAGUUCCCUGGACUCCAGCUUGUGCUUGUGGGAUGCCCGGACGGGCGACAAGAAACACCUGCUCACAUUCGGACCCGUUGAUCUCUGGACGGUGGGCUUUUCGCCCUGCAACAAGUACGUGAUAUCCGGAUUAAAUGACGGCAAAAUCUCCAUGUACAGCGUGGAAACGGGGAAGGCGGAACAGACGCUGGACGCCCAGAAUGGCAAAUACACGUUGAGCAUUGCCUAUAGUCCGGAUGGCAAGUACAUAGCUAGCGGAGCUAUUGAUGGCAUCAUCACCAUCUUUGAUGUGGCGGCGGGCAAGGUGGCACAAACUCUGGAGGGACAUGCAAUGCCCGUUCGCAGUCUGUGCUUCUCGCCCAACUCCCAAAUGCUUUUAACUGGAUCCGAUGAUGGUCACAUGAAGCUGUAUGAUGUGGCCCACUCGGAUGUGGUGGGCACUCUUUCCGGUCACGCCUCCUGGGUGCUGUGCGUGUCCUUCUCUGAGGACGGCAAGCACUUUGCCAGCUCCUCCAGCGAUCGCAGUGUCAAGGUGUGGGACACCUCGGAGCGCAAAUGCCUGCACACGUUCACUGAGCACUCGGACCAGGUGUGGGGCGUGCGCUACAGUCCCGGCAACGACAAGGUGGUCUCCGCCUCCGAGGACAAGUCCCUGAAUAUCUACUACUGCCCGCCCAACGCGAUUGUGUGAUUCGAGUGUUCCGUACAAUAAAGCGUAGGAUAAGAACAAUAAA